CUGGAUUCUGCUUUCAGUCAGACAUCUCGCUCCCUCCCAGCACCAUGCCGUACACCUGCUUCCUGCCCAACCUGAGCUGCCGCACCAGCGUCUCUUCCCGGCCCUGUGUGCCCCCCAGCUGCCACAGCAGCACCCUGCCUGGGGCCUGCAACAUCCCUGCCAAUGUGGGCAGCUGUGGCUGGCUCUGCGAGGGCUCCUUCAAUGGCAAUGAGAAGGAGACCAUGCAGUUCCUGAAUGACCGCCUGGCCAACUACCUGGAGAAGGUGCGCCAGCUGGAGCGGGACAAUGCGGAGCUGGAGGGCCGCAUCCGUGAGUUGUGCCAGCAGCAGGAGCCCUACGUGUGCCCGAACUACCAGUCCUACUUCCGGACCAUUGAGGAGCUGCAGCAGAAGAUCUUGUGCACCAAGGCUGAGAAUGCCAGGCUCGUGGUGCAGAUAGACAAUGCUAAGUUGGCUGCAGAUGACUUCAGAACCAAGUACGAGACAGAGCUGUCCCUGCGGCAGCUUGUGGAGGCAGACAUCAACAGCCUGCGCAGAAUCCUAGAUGAGCUGACUCUGUGCAAGUCUGACUUGGAGGCCCGGGUGGAGUCCCUGAAGGAGGAGUUGCUAUGCCUCAAGAGGAACCAUGAGGAGGAAGUCAACACCCUGCGUUGCCAGAUAGGAGACCGCCUCAACGUGGAGGUGGACGCUGCUCCCACUGUGGACCUGAACCGUGUGCUGAACGAGACCAGGUCUCAGUAUGAGGCCCUGGUAGAGACCAACCGCAGAGAUGUGGAGGAAUGGUUCGCCACACAGACUGAGGAGCUGAACAAGCAGGUGGUGUCCAGCUCAGAGCAGCUGCAGUCCUACCAGGCAGAGAUCAUCGAACUGAGACGCACAGUCAAUGCCCUGGAGAUCGAGCUGCAGGCCCAGCACAACCUGAGAGACUCUCUGGAAAACACGCUGACAGAAACGGAGGCCCGCUACAGCUCCCAGCUGUCCCAGGUACAGUACAUGAUCACCAACGUGGAGUCUCAGCUGGCGGAGAUCCGGUCUGACCUGGAGCGGCAGAACCAGGAGUACCAGGUGCUGCUGGAUGUCAGGGCCCGGCUGGAGUGUGAGAUCAACACAUACCGGGGCCUGCUAGAGAGCGAGGACUGCAAGCUGCCCUGCAACCCCUGCACCUCAACCAACGCAUGCAGCAAGCCCAUCGGGUCCUGCGUCUCCAAUCCCUGCGUCCCCUGUGCCCCUCGCCCCCGCUGUGGGCCCUGCAACUCCUUUGUGUGUUAG